AUGGCCCAGCCCCCAGGGACCCUGAGCCGGGCUCCCCGGGCCUCCUCGGUCACCCCGCUGAGCCUGCGGAGCGCCCCGCAGCCCCGUCCCUCGAGAAUGGACACCGGGAGCUUGGGCGGGUACCGAGCGGGCGCCGCCGCUCAAGCCCGGGACUCCUUCCACGGCUUCGGGACGCUCUCGGGAGCAGGCUCCGCACGCCGACGGGGAGCGCUGCGCGAGCUGCUGGGGCUGCAGGGGGCGGCGCCCGCCGGGUGGCCGUCGGAGGAGCGCGCCGAGGAGCCACAGGGCGGGCCGAGCGGCGGCGGCGGGCUAUGCAUGGACCCCCGGGAGCACGCGUGGAUGCUGGCUGCCGCCGAGGGCCGCUUUGAGGUGCUGCGGGAGCUGCUAGAGGCCGAGCCGGGGCUGCUGCUGCGGAGCGACCCGAUCACAGGCUACACGGUGCUGCACUGGCUGGCCAAGCACGGGUGCCACGAGGAACUCAUCCUAGUGCACGACUUCGCCCAGCGCCGGGGGCUGGGGCUCGAUGUAAACACCUCGGGUAGCGGCGGCCUCACGCCCCUCCACCUGGCGACCCAGCAGGGCCACGACAUGGUCAUCAAGGUGCUCGUGGGCGCCCUGGGUGCCGACAUCAUGCGCCGUGACCACAGCGGCCACCGGGCCUGUCACUACCUGCGGCUCAACGCUCCCCAGGGUCUGCGGGAGCUCUUGGGGGCUGAGGACUGUGAAAUGGUAGGUGGCCACGAACGCGACAACUCUAACAACAACAGCAGCGGCGGCGGCAGCGCCUGGAUCCUGCGACGCACCCUGAGCCCAGCGGGCGCGAAGUCAGUGGAGACAACGGCGAGAGCAGCGGCGCCGGCUGCCAAGGAGAAGGAUUCCGUGGGUUCCCGAGUGGCACAAAUUCAGGGCCUUCUGCGCCAAGUGUUUCCCUUCUUCCAGGACCGUUGA